GCAACAAGUCUUCUGUCCUGUCAGUGACGGAGGGGUUAACGGGAGCGCGCAGACGUCUCUCCUCUCCUUUUCUCUGCGUCUGAUUCAAAAGCUGCUACUGAUUGGACUGAUUUUUGCAGCUGAGCCACUGAAGGCGCCGCGGGGCAAAAACACCGCUGUUGUGUCUGCGGGAAAUCGAACGUCUCACUGCGCGCUUUCAUACAGGCGGAGAGGCAUGCGCGGGUGUUGAAGGCCUCAUUUUCCCUUCAUCGCCUGCUCCCUCCAACCCGGAGCUGCUGUUUGCUUUACCCCAGGUUGUCACUCGUUCGAGUCCCCCGCCAUGUCUGCAGAGGUGGAAACCAGCGCGCCCGCAACUGUCGAUCCAAGCUCCCAGACUGCGGACUCGACCCCCGGGACCCCACCCACGUCCCCCAGCACGGCCACAUCCAGGGUCCCGUUCAAGAGGGAAAAGAAGAAAACUCCAGAGAAGACAGACGAUUACCUGCUGAGCAGGUUUCAGGGAGAUGGGGUGAGGUACAAGGCCAAGCUGAUCGGCAUCGACGACGUUCCAGAGGCCCGAGGAGACAAGAUGUGCCAAGAUUCCAUGAUGAAACUGAAGGGAAUGGCAGUAGCUGCUCGGUCUCAGGGCAAACAUAAACAGAGGAUCUGGGUCAACAUCUCAAUGUCUGGUCUAAAGAUCAUUGAUGAGAAAUCAGGAGUGAUCGAGCAUGAGCAUGCGGUGAAUAAGAUCUCCUUCAUUGCCAGAGAUGUGACGGACAACAGGGCUUUUGGAUACGUGUGUGGAGCAGAGGGUCAGCAUCAGUUCUUCGCCAUAAAGACCGCGCAACAGGCGGAGCCUUUGGUCAUCGACCUGAAAGACCUUUUCCAGGUGAUCUUUAACGUGAAGAAAAAAGAAGCAGAGUCUUCGCAGAAGGGUGAAAACGGCAGCGUUGUAGUCGAGAAUGGAGGUGAUGCCUUGAUGGGUGUAGACAAUGGAGUAAAAACUGCUCAGCCAGUAGAGCAGCUGGAUCUCUUUGGAGACAUGUCGACUCCUCCAGACGUCCAGGCUCCCAAUGACUCUAAUGAAACGCUCUUGCUGGACUUUUCUGCUGAAGUUGACGACAAUCAGAAUUGCAUAAAAGGAAAUUCUUUUCUAGCCUUUGGCCUCGGCUCUGUGACGUCUCCCGAUGCCAAUCCCUUUUCUUCAAAGUUUGGUUACUUCCCCGCUCCUGACAGUGACCCUUUUAGAGAUGACCCUCUCGCUAAAUCGGCAGGUGACGCCCCCGUUUCCCCCAGUGACUAUCUGAAACACCUCACUGGUGGCUCCACUAAGACUGUUUGUAACGGCGAGAUGAACGGCGAGGCAGAAAUUGGUCACCGAGGUAUUGGGUUGUCUGGAAAAACCAUUAGCCUUGCUCUUAACGAUGGACAGUGGCCACUAGGCGGCAGCAUAGCUCAAGGCAGUGGGAUCACCUUGACAGACGGGAAUGAGACCAUUCUGUCAAACAAAAACCCAUUUUCUGACCCGUCUCUGAAAACCUCCGUCUUAAACGGCGUAACUCCACGUCCGGAAGUGGAUUCGGUUGUCCUGAGCCCGCCCCCGCAGAGCUCUAAGUCCGGACGAGGGCGACGGAAUGCAAAGUCGGGAUCAAGUGACCUGUUUGGGACAGAACUCUUUACCACUCCUUCCCAUUCUGAGGGUUCAUCUGUCCCGGCUGACCUUUUCAACAACAUGCCUGCAAAUUCACCCCCCUCCACCAUCGCUGCUCUGGGAAAUCUUCAGUUGGGCUUCCCUGCUACCACAACUGUCCAUCCUGUUGGUAUGUGGGGAGCCUCUCCUGCUGCGCCAGCCAUGUUCCCCAUGCCAGGGGUGGCCGCUCCGGGCCCCAGACCCAGUUUCAUGCCGCAGCCUGCCUUUGGGCCUCCCAUGGUGGCCCCGGCAUGGCCUCAGCAGAUGCCACCACAGUUCAAUGCCCCACCCUUGUCUCCACCUCAUCUCUCCUGGGGCCAACAUGCCGCAUCCAAUCCCUUCCAACAGGGUGCUUUCCCAGCAAUGGGAGACCAGGGAGGUCCAGCACGGCCCCCUCCGAGGGCCCCUGUCAAGCAAGCGCCUCCCAAAGUGGAGAACAGUGCCUUCACAGCUCUGGAUCCUCUGGGAGAUAAGGAUAAGAAAACCGGAAAGGAUAUGUUUAAAGACUUCCAGCUGGCUAAACCUCCUGCCAUCCCUGCAAGGAAAGGGGAGCUUGCUGCCAACGCUGCUGCACCCCCCAGCAGCAAAGAUCCAGGGGCUUUUGAUCAGUACUUUACCAGUAAAGUGGGGGUGGCUCAGGAUGCAGCAGAUCAAGACGACUUCGAUAUCAACCAGAUUCCGUUAGCUAACAACGGUGCUUCCAAAGCCCCUCCUGCUCAAGCUGCUGCCCCGGCUCCGCUCUUUAACCCCGAUCUCCUCGAUUCUGCCUUCUCUUCUGUCGGGAACAGUUCAGCGCAGCCGGCGAGCGUCAACCAGGAUAUGUUUGAUCAGGCAUUCGGAGCUCCAAAUUCUAAUCCUUUUGGAGCGCCGCCCAUAGCUGUGAAUUCUGCUUCAACUGAUGCUUUUGGAGAUGCAUUUGGAAACCCUUUUGCUUGACCUCAAGUUUGACAGAAUAAAAAGAAUGAGACAAACAUCGGAGAUCUUCCCAUCUAAGACCUUUUGAUGACAAGCUGCUCUGUGCAAGACAAUCCAAGAACGCCUCCUCUUUUCCCGACUCCCCUUUACUUUAGUUCUGUUGCCCACUGAUUUAAAAAAGAAAAGUAAAUGUCGUUAUCUGCUGAAAGAAACGUGUGUAAAAGAAAAUUUGUGGUUCCACUGCUGAUGUUUGUUAAAGAAAUAAAUCAUAAUAAUGCUA